AUGGUCGUGGAGACAAGACAGCAGUCCGGGCGCAAACGCCGGGUCGGUUCUGUUUCCGGUCCAGAGCCUCAACUCUCAGCCUGUCAUCGAGCGACUCGUCAAACUAGUAAUGGCUCCAAGACCCCGCGACAGUCUCGGAAAAAGGUCCGCUUCUCCGAUCCAGGCCCCCAGCUGCACAAUGGCUCAGACUAUGGGACUGGGCUCACCCCCGCCAUGCUACGCACCUCUUUCGAAGAACGAGCAGAUAUAGAUCCGUUGAAUAGCUCCCCGAGUCGCCGCGCACGACGCCGUUCGACCCCACUCCCGCGAGCCCGCUCUCAAUCGAGCUCACCGGCAGCCUCACAAUCAGCAAAGUCGGAAGUGGUCGUUCAAUUUACGCCACUUCGACAACUCCUGGACUCGCGGACUCAACGGAGAAUCCGGCGAGUAGGGUUGAGCGAUGAGAUCAACCAGUUGGAGCGUGAGAAGAGGGACGUUGCACGAUUUGAGCGGACCGUGCAGUCAUUGCUCCGAGAACGUGACUUGUUGAAACAGGAGUUAGAAUCAGCCAAACGAACCGAGGGCAGCUCAGAGGCUGCCUCGCUCGAGUCGCUUGACGAACGAGCACGCGCCCUCCCUCAUUCACUAGCCGAGCAUCUGGAGUCUGAGGAUCGUCGUUUGAGAAAUGAACUAUGCUUUGCCAGAGAUGAUCAGGUAGACACCGUCAGCGUGGCUAACACAGAGAGCGACACAAUCAUCAUCAAUGAAAGCGCACUCGGCGACGAAACAAUGCUCAUGUCGACCUCCCCAGAUCCGAGAUCCUUGAAGGGAAAGAGCCAAUGUUUUAGUUCCCAUGACUAUAGGCUUUUGCGAAGUGGGAGUCCGAAUGCCGAUGCGGAUACCCAAGUUUCCCUUGCUGGCCAUGACUCAGAUGCAGAGAUGAGUGGCCUAUAUGCAGACCUAGAAGCCGCCCGAAGAGAAAAACGGGCUCUUUUUGAAGCUUGUCGAUUUCGCAUUGGGUCCUUCAGUGGGACAGCCCUUGAGCCUCAUCUCCAUCGAGCCUCCCCACCACCAGACUUCGUAGACCAUCUGAUACCCAGUCUGAAUCAGACACUGGGUCGAGCUUCGGAUGCCACGGAAUCCUUGAAUUCCAUCAAGGAAGAAUUGUCGGGUCUGGGGUUUCCAGGAGGACACACUGAAGAGAUCGUCUCUGAGAUGCGCGACCAAUUUCGUUCUGCGCGCUUGCGUCUCGAACGAGCAUUACCGGGAGAGACACCGAAUAUCGGUCUCAAUGACGGCUGUGCUACUCUAAGUGCGCUGGUCAAACGUGUUGAGGUGCUGAUAAGGGACCUAGGAGAUGAGCAAGCAAGAGCGUCAGGAUCGGGUGAUCGCGAAAGGGUCCUCCGUGGCCAAUUCGACAUCCUCCUGGCUCGUUAUGAAGACGCGAGCAAGAAGAUUACUGACCUGGAAGAGUCUAUUGCCAGCUCUGCCAGUGACAUGCUUCAUACACGGAUGCGGAUGCGCGAACUAGAGAAGGAAGGCGAGAAACAAGCUGUGGGCAUUGAUCGCCUCAAUACUGCACUUGGAAGGUAUCGCGAGGAGAUCAAGGGACUAGAAACACUGGUCACCGAACUGGAGUCAGAUAAAGCCAGGAACAGUGAGAUCCACAGUCAGCAGGUGUCCAAGCUUCAGUCACAGGUCACGGAGCAAGAAAGCGCCCGUUGUGCCGCCGAGACCAAGGUUGCAGAGUGUCAGGCGCGCAUUCGGGCGUUAGAAGGCACCGUCGAACAGAAUCGCACGCGAUCGUGCGAAUUGACUGCCAAAGUGGAAGAGUUGGAAUCGGCGCGUCAGAAGGCAAUUGAGGAUCUCAAGCAGGAAGCAGCGGAGCAACUUCAGCGAUGCGACAAGGAAGUCGGAUCCCUCAACGUCGUCGUGGCAGAGCUCAACACCUCCCUUGCAGAGGCCAAGUCAGAGAUCGAUCGUUUGCGGCAGAGCAACGUGGGCUUGGAGCACCAGCUGCAGCUCGAGAUGGAGGCCAGAGACAACCUCCUGGAGACAUGGGCUGCGGAGCAAGCGCGUGCAUUCACCUUCAUGAAAGAUACGGUCAGCAACGAACGUCGCAAGGCUAAGGUCCGCGCCGCCAAUUGGGAGCUUCAGUCCGACGAGCUGCAUUCGGAGAGUACAACUCUGGGCAGCGAGCCUAUCACCCCAGUCAGCAUUACCAAAUAUGUCGAUGUCGAGGUCGGCCGGGGUAAACACCGUAAGCGCCUGGACAGCGGGAUUGGCAUUCUCACGGACGAGCCUGAUGGGGUUGUUGAUGGGGUCGCGGAUAUGCAGGUGUUGCUGCCUUCGGACCCGGCUGACCUAUAA